CAGGACGGGCAAGGAGCGUCGGGGGCGGUGUAGUCUCCCGCGGACGCCGCCCGCUCCCUAGCUUCAGUCAAAGGAGCUGGGCGUGCGGAGGUGGCUGAGGAGGCGGGAAGGCGGCAGUGGUUGAAGGGGGCGAUUGCUAACUAGCGGGGAGGGAGUGGGCAGGGAUGGUAAUGGCGACGAAGAAGGGCCCGGGCCCGGGCGGCGGGGUCAGCGGGGGCAAGGCGGAGGCGGAGGCGGCCUCGGAGGUGUGGUGCCGUCGGGUGCGGGAGCUGGGCGGCUGCAGUCAGGCCGGGAACCGCCACUGCUUUGAGUGCGCCCAGCGCGGGGUCACCUACGUGGAUAUCACUGUGGGCAGCUUCGUGUGCACCACCUGCUCCGGCCUCCUGAGAGGGCUGAACCCCCCUCAUCGUGUCAAGUCAAUCUCCAUGACAACUUUCACUGAGCCUGAAGUAGUUUUCCUACAAUCCCGUGGAAAUGAGGUUUGCCGGAAGAUUUGGCUAGGUCUGUUUGAUGCUCGGACAUCUUUAGUACCAGAUUCCAGGGAUCCUCAGAAAGUAAAGGAGUUUCUCCAGGAAAAAUAUGAGAAGAAGAGAUGGUAUGUCCCCCCAGACCAAGUCAAGGGGCCCGCUUACACCAAAGGCAGUGCUUCCACCCCUGUGCAGGGCUCCAUUCCAGAAGGGAAGCCCCUUCGGACACUUCUGGGUGAUCCUGCACCAUCUCUCUCAGCUGCUGCCUCCACCUCGAGCCAGUCUGUCACUCAGUCUCAGGCUCGGAUAUCCCAGGCCCGGAGCACUCAGCCACCUCCCCACUCCUCUGUCAAGAAAGCCAGUACUGAUCUGCUGGCUGACAUCGGUGGAGACCCCUUUGCUGCUCCCCACACGGCACCAGCUUUUGCUGCAUUCCCUGCCUUUGGGGGCCAGACACCUUCCCACGGGGGCUUUGCCAACUUUGAUGCCUUCAGCAGUGGCCCCAGCUCUUCUGUGUUUGGAAGCCUCCCUCCGGCUGGUCAAGCUCCGUUCCAGGCCCAGCCAACUCCUGCAGGGACUCUGUUCGGUGCCACUCCCCUGGCACCCGCCAGUCAGCCAAACACCCUCGCGGAUGUGGGCAGCUUCCUGGGACCCGGAAUGCCAGCUGCAAGUGUUCCUAGCAGCCUCUUUGGGAUGGCUGGCCAGGUCACCCCGCUCCAGUCUGCCACGACGGGCGGCAGCGGCAGCACAGGGCUGGCCUUUGGAGCCUUCACCAACCCUUUCGCAGCCCCUACCACGCAGCCCCCGCUGGCUUCCACCAACCCGUUCCAGCCCAACGGCUUGACGCCAGGGCCUAGCUUUGGGAUGAGCAGUGGUGGACCUGGCUUCCCCCAGGCGAUGCCACCCACCGGGCCCUUUGCCAGCUCCUUCCCAGCACCGCUGUUCCCCCCACAGACCCCGCUGACUCAGCAGCAGAAUGGAAAGCGGGCUGGUGUCAGCUGUGUUACUGCUUUUGGACCCCCAGGCUCUUCCUUCGGGGGCUUAGGAUCAGCCAAGUUGGGGCAGAGGCCACUGGGCCAGCCAGCUGGGAUGUCCACCAACCCCUUCAUGACUGGACCCUCAUCAAGCCCGUUCGCCUCCAAGCCUCCAACCACCAACCCCUUCUUGUAGCACUGUGUUUUUUAGGGGGCCUCUUCCCUGCCUUCUGGGGUCCCUCUGCUCCCUAGAGCUCUCAUGACCAUUUGCCUGUGGGCGUUUCUGUGGGCCUUGGGGAUAAUGGAGGUGCUAAUGCUUUGCUUGGGGCCUGCAGGUGAAAGGUAGCUGUCCUCAGAUUCCACAAGGCCUCUGCCCCUCCCUUCUCCCACCCCCACCCAAGCAGGAAGCCCAGGAGGAGUGGGGGCAGGGCCUGGCCGGGAGGAGUGAUGGGGGGAUUUUUUUCAAACGAUCAGUUAGAGUAGCCCUCCUCCUCCCCUGCCAUCGCAGCACUGUGCUCCCCUGCUCCCAGUCCUGUGGGCAGAAGAUGUUGUGGACACAGACUGGCCAGCCUUCCCCUGUGGGAAUAGCUCUUCCCUGGGCCCCUGUGCUCCUUGUGGAUGGGAGCUCAGUGGGGAGGGUGGGGGAAAGACGAGACACUAUUGAUGGGGCAGUGACCAGACAGUACUGAGACCCAGAAGGCCUGGGUGGCCCAAGUGCUCUUGGUGGCCCAGCUUGGCCAGCACACCCUUUCCUCCUGUCCCCACCCCCUACUGAAGGGGUCCCCCAUUGUUUUGCUUCCCCAGCGCCCCUCCCUCAUCCUGGGCGUCCGGGAUGAGCAGUUUACCUUCGAACUCACCCAGGCCCGGCAGUCCUGUCAAGCACUUUAGUUAGCCGUUGGUGUCAUGUUUGGAUACCAGUGUUUUAUAUUUAUAUAGAGAGAAGAUUUUCUAAUAUAGCCUAUUAUAUAUAAAUAGAUCUAUCUAUAUGCACAUACAUACAUAUAUAUAUAUACACACCCAGCCGAUCUCCCUCUCCCAGACAGCUCUUGUAUGUGGGAAAUGGGAUGAAUCCCCAUCUGUGCCUCGACCAUCAAAGCCAGAGCUCCAUGGCUGGAGGGGGGCAGCCAUGUGUCUGGGCCCCCACCAGCCCCAGAGCCUGGGUUUUCCAGGGAAAGGCUUUGUGCAAUUGCCUGGUCUUUUUUGUUUUUCUCCACGUGCCUCCCCUGUCCCCAGAUCUCUGCACCAAAGCUCAUUGCAGGUAAUGCUGGAAAAUAACUGCAUUUGAACGAAAGAGAAAACGGCUCUCAUGGUUUUGCUUCGGGCCAGUUUGAGGGGCUGCAGGUCAGUCAACAUGACGGAUCCUUGACCUGGCUCUGCUGGGUUGGACUGCCUGGGCCAGUGAUGUCGCUGCCAUUGACCAGAGACAGGGCAGAGCCAGUCCCUGUCUGGACCAGAGUCCUGCAUUAGCAAUGGGAAGAAGCGUGGCAGGAGAGGGGCCGCCACUGCCGGGGACUGGAGUUUGAUGUGAGUGGGCGUGCCCACUGGGGCCAGGGUGGGCAAAGGAGGUUGGUGCCAGUGUGGAGGUGGAAGUAGACCCCUCCUGGGCCUGGGACAUUCUCUGCCCCGGGCUCUUUCCACCUGAGAAUGUUGUGGCAACAGCCACGGUGCCUGGGCUAUUUGUGUGGUGACAAGACAGAUCUGGUCAGGGGUGGGUGGCAAAUACCUCACCUGACUGGGCAGAGGCCACCUUGCUGUUUGGCCCAAGGCCAGGAGAGGCCCCUCCCUUUCCACCAUUGCCCUGGCCCCGUGGCCGUUCAUUCUUGAGGUUUGGGUCUUCUACGGAGAGAGAGCAGCAAGGAGAUGUGGGAAUUGGGUAAUUGGAGUAUUUACUUUGCAGAUUUUUCGGGAAAUACCUCUAGCUGCUGCUAUUUGCAGGGCCGGCCAUGGCCUCCAUGUCUUUUCUGAGAAUCAGCACCCGGCCUGUCUGUUCCUAUUCUCCUAGCCUCUGCCCUCCUUCGGUCUCCUGGGUGGUCCCCUGGGUCCCCCAGCAUACUUCGCUCUCCGGCCUUUGUGUGUUCCAGCUCUUCUCCUCCUCUGCCACCCUAGGUUAGUAUCUCUGUGUACCUCGACCUCAUCCUCUUACCAGUUCUUUCUGCUUAGAGCAGGAGGGAGGGAAGCUGUAAUCUGUUGUGGUGUGUUAGGAGGAGCCUUUCUGUUCUUUCCCCCCAGCCUCCGUCAAGCUACCCUUAAGCCAGGAACACUGAGCUUUGGAACUGAGGCCGAACCAAAGGGCCUUCCCCUGUUUCCAUCACCCAUGCUGUCUCCCGGCGUCUCCUCGCUGUCUGGGUCCAGUCCCGGAUCCUCCCUGCAGACUCCCUCCCCUCUGUCCCACAAAGAUUCCAGCCUGCUCACUGGCCAGAGCCAGGUGACCAGUCGGAAGUUACACCAGGUUAGCCUGAGGCCCCGGUUUCCCUGGGCACAGGCUGACACUAGGAGCUGCCCUCCUUGGCCGCGGACAGCCCAGCACCUCAGGCUCCAGCCCUCCAAUGAGCUGUCUCUCCUGGAGAGUAGCAAAGAAUGGAGAAGCCCUGGCCUGAUAGGAAAGGUAGAAAUCAUUGCCUGGCAGCUGCAAAUUCAAGCCCAACGUACACACCACAGGGCUGGAGUGACUCGCCUGGGCUCACGCCAGACUUCUAGCCAACUCAGGUACCAUGCUCUGCAGACAGCAGUCCUCUAGCAUGGCCCCAGCAUUCAGCCAGUCACCUGCGGGCCAUCCCUCUGGGUGAGGAAGCAGGAGCCAGCCCCCAGGGGUCUCCACGUUGGAGCUUCCAGGUCAGACCUGCAGGCCAGGGGAUGGAGCAGGGCUGAGGGUAGGGGCUGAAUGUGUGGCUCUGUUCCUGCAUCACCUUCCACAGAGGAGCAAGGGCUCCGACUGGGGAGGGAAAGGCACGCUGGAACAGCCUAGUUUCCCCCAUGAAUCCCCCCAACCCCAUGACAUUCCUCCACAGCAGCAGAGAACACAGUGACCUGUCCCUAACAGGGAUGAAAGGUGGACCCCUCAGGUAGGGAGAGGCAGAGCCGAGGUUCUGCCACUUUCUGUCCCUGGGGAGUCACUCAAGUUACCAGGGCUACCGGCUGAAAUAAAUCUUGUUGGGGUAGGGCUGCAGAGGGCAGCAUGUUGCCAGGGCAACUAAUGUAGGCCAGUUGCGUCAGUCCAGGCUUGUCCUGGUACUCAGUGGGCCCAGUCACCAGGCACUGAUCACCUGGCAUUGAUCAGCACCCACCCCUGAGGCUUACCCGGGCCCUCAGAUCCCUGCCUUUCCUGCCUGUGCACACCCAGCACCCAAGGUUCAGUGACACAGUGGUUUGGAGCUGUUUGCUGUCACAGCAGCUGUGAUUUUACAAGGAAGGGUGCUGCAGGCGGACUUGGUUGAUGGGGAUUGGGAAGGGCAAGCCAUAAAGAGAUCUUCCUUGGGUA